AUGGGCCUGGAGGUUGCCAGUCCAUUCAACCCAACAGGGAGCUUCACCUGCCAGGAAGCUCGAGAGUGCCCCUUUGAUUUCCUGUACUCUGGCAGAAGCCAGCGGCUAAUCAGGCUCUCUGUCUCCAAGUCCAUGAUGUACAGGCCGGACGGCUGCCCCGUGUGCGUGUGGCGGCAGCACAGCCGCGAGCUGCGCCUGGAAAGCAUCAAGUCGCAGAUCCUGAGCAAACUGCGGCUCAAGGAGGCGCCCAACAUCAGUCGCGAGGUGGUGAAGCAGCUGCUGCCCAAGGCGCCGCCGCUGCAGCAGAUCCUGGACCUGCAUGACUUCCAAGGCGACGCGCUGCAGCCGGAGGACUUCCUGGAGGAGGACGAGUACCACGCCACCACCGAGACCGUCAUUAGCAUGGCCCAGGAGACGGACCCCGCAGUGCAGACAGAUGGCAGCCCUCUCUGUUGCCAUUUCCACUUCAGCCCCAAGGUGAUGUUCACAAAGGUACUGAAGGCCCAGCUGUGGGUGUACCUUCGGCCCGUGCCCCGCCCAGCCACAGUCUACCUGCAGAUCUUACGACUGAAACCCCUAACUGGGGAAGGGACCGCAGGGGGAGGGGGUGGAGGCCGGCGUCACAUCCGUAUCCGUUCACUCAAGAUUGAGCUGCACUCGCGCUCCGGCCACUGGCAGAGCAUCGACUUCAAGCAAGUGCUACACAGCUGGUUCCGCCAGCCGCAGAGCAACUGGGGCAUCGAGAUCAACGCCUUUGAUCCCAGUGGCACAGACCUGGCUGUCACCUCCCUGGGGCCGGGAGCUGAGGGGCUGCAUCCUUUCAUGGAGCUUCGAGUCCUAGAGAACACAAAACGGUCCCGGCGGAACCUGGGCCUGGAUUGCGAUGAGCACUCAAGCGAGUCCCGCUGCUGCCGAUAUCCCCUCACAGUGGACUUUGAGGCUUUCGGCUGGGACUGGAUCAUCGCACCUAAGCGCUACAAGGCCAACUACUGCUCCGGCCAGUGCGAGUACAUGUUCAUGCAAAAGUAUCCACACACCCACUUGGUGCAACAGGCCAAUCCAAGAGGCUCUGCUGGGCCCUGCUGCACCCCCACCAAGAUGUCCCCAAUCAACAUGCUCUACUUCAAUGACAAGCAGCAAAUUAUCUACGGCAAGAUCCCUGGCAUGGUGGUGGAUCGCUGUGGUUGCUCCUAAGGUGGGGGACAGUGGAUGUCUCCCCCACAGACCCUACCCUGAGAACCCCCAACCCUGCCCCUCCCCCCCAAGCCCUAGAUCUCCCUCCACCUCUUCCCAUGAACAUCACACCUUGUUCCCUGACCAAGCAGUGUGCAAUACAACAGAGGGAGGCAGGUGGGGACUGAAGGGUGAGGGGUUGGGAGAAAGAGAGAGGGGCACGGUCAGGGUAGAGUGUUUGAGGUUUGCAGGUAAGAAAGUUUGGCAAGAAGACAGAGAGAUGUAGAGACAGAGGGAUUGAGACAGGAGCAAACAGAGCAGCAUUGAGAAGGCAAAGGAAUAGAGAGGCAGAAGAGACAGACUAGGCAGAGACAAACACUGAAAGAGACUGAAAUGGAGUAAUAAAUGAAAGCCCCACACCAAGCCUCCUUUCUUCCACUGGCAAGGUGAGGGGCUUGGUAGUCUGGGUAGAAUCCCUGACUACUCAGUAGGAGAGGAAAUCUAUCCAUUCUUAGCUUCUUCCCUCUUCCUCCAACCAUGGCAGGGGAAAGGAAGUGAAGGCAGGGGCAAAAGGAUUUGGGAAUUUUAUUUAUUUAUUUAUUGUGACUUUUCAUUUUUUGGUAUUUGGCUUUACUGGAAUAGGAGGGCCCCUGCCCACUAUGCCCCGUUUGUCCCUUAUUCCCCAAACCCUGCUCUUCCCCAAAACCCACCCACUUAAGCACUUGUAUAAAGCCUCCAGGGCUGGGAAUGGGAGUAAAGGGCAAGAGGGCUGACACAUGUAUGUUUCUAACCCAUAAGUACCCUAACUAACCUUCUUCAGCCAAACUGAAUGGUCAUAGAAACAGUAAAAGGUUAGGGUUUAAGAGCUGGGGAAAGGGGAGUCCUCAACACCUAGGAUCUAUAUGUGAGCUACUAACCCUCAGGCCAGCUUUCUUCAUGGUACUGAUUUAUUUAGCCAGAGGGUACAGCAUGCUUAAACCCAAAUUCCCCUCAGUGGAGAGAGACCAAAGAGCCUGUGGAAUGUCCCUGGUCCCAGCCUCUAUCUUCAGGUCAAUUGAAAAAAGAAAGAAAAAAAUCUGAGUCCCCCAGGUCUGGGAAGGAUUCAGAGGGGGUCAAGAAAGGAGUGGUUAAGUAGGCUGAAGGUUACAGGGCAUCUGAAUCCAAAUCACUGCUCUGGGCUAGGGAAUAGAGCCAGCAGACCAAGGUGGAAGGGAUUCUGGAGGGGGACAUUUUAGUCCCCCAACCCCAAAGCUCAGGGUAGGAGGGAAAACAAGGGAGCAGAGUGUCUAUAAUUUUUAUUUUUUAUUUUUGGAAUAUAGCAGUAUCUGGCAGCAGGGAGGGAACAGUACAGUGGAGAAACUGACAAGGCCAGUUACAGCAGAGGAUGGGAAGGACACAGACUCCCUGGUUUGGAAGGCUAGGAAGCAGGCAGACUGGCUGCCACUUCAAGUCAUUAGCUGGGCCCAUUCAUUCAUCUCACAAUCCCGAUGCGCAUUCCUCUGGACUCACUGGGCCUCAGUUUCUUCCCCUCAAUGGAAUAAGAAAUAGCAGCACCCGCCACAGCCAAGAGAUGAAUUCUGAGCACUUACCACGGGCACUUUAUGGACAUAAAUACCUCUCGCUGUGGGACCAGUUAACCAGGGCACCAGAGCAGUGGUGAAGAGAUGUGAGGCUUAGAAGAGUCACCAGCUUCAGAGAAUACAAAUUUCCUCCUGCUCCCCAGCUGGAGUGCCUGAAGCCAAGGAGUUGAGAAUCUCCACACUCUAUCCAUACCUCACCAGCUGACCUCUUGGCUCCAGGCAACAGCCUAGAGAAGGUCAGGAGAGGAGGGGGUGAAAACCUGCAGCAAAAUUACCACUCUAAGUAAAUCCAGCAGUCGUGGUCUGGUAGCAACAGUACU